AUGGAUCAGCUACGUUUCCGAUAUGGACGCCCGGAGCAACUGAUACGUAGCCAAUUGGAAAGCGUGCGAGAGGUGCAGCCGAUCCAAGAACACAAUAUAAUAAAGAUCGUGCCGUUUUGCAACACGGGUCAAAGCAAUCUCGCAGCGUUUUUACAGUCAAGCCCGAACGGGGAGCAGCACCUAGGAAAUCCUACAUUGAUGGAAGAGCUGAUCGCCAAGCUACCACUGAGCAAAAGGUUGGAUUGGGCCAGGCACGCCGCCGUAAUAGGCGACAGCAAGGAUCCUAAGCGUAGGGUAUUGCACGCCAGCACCAGUCAGAAGGAUCAGGAUCUAUUUGAAGAUCAUCCCAGGAGUUGCCCAAUUUGCGAGGGGCAACACACUAUCAAGGACUGUAAGGAUUUCAACCACGCUACUCCGACUGCCCGUAUGGAGAGCGAUCGCGGUCGCGUGGUACAUGCGGGCGCUGACAGGAGGAAGGUGGACAAGCAAGUACAUCAGCCAGAUGAUCUGGCCCAGAGAAGUCCACUUACGGCAUCUGCACAGACGCAGGAUUUAUGGCGCAAGCGGGACGAAGGCCGUCAGCCAAGUGACGGGAAUGGAUUGCCACAUCGUAACCUAAGUUGCGUCGAUCCGGAUGGAGGACACUUACUAUUCCGUAUUUUGCCCGUGACGCUGUACGGGGAGGAUACGCAGCUGGAUACCCUACGCGCUGUUCGACGAAGGAAUACCUAUGCAAAACAGGAGCUUCGGAGCAGGAGGACCUAUGCAGCCGCCACCAAGCUAGGAUGGGUGGUUUUUGGUCCUGUAAGAAGUCAGAUGAGUUCACCAAUGCAAAGAUCGUGCCUCCUACCCGUCCCACAGUAUGAUCAUCUCGAGAAGAUGGUCAGCGACUAUUUCGAAAUAGAGAAUUUCGGAGUGAAGCCGGCGCCACCAGUCGCAGCUAGUGGCGACGCACGGGCUUUGGGAAUCCUGAACGAGACGACUAGGCGAGUGGGCGAACGAUACCAAACUGGAUUGCUGUGGAAAGAUGAUAAAGUGAGCCUGCCUGACAGCUAUAACAUGGCACUCAAAAGACUUGUCGGCAUUGAAAGGAAGAUGAGACGGGAUGACAGCUUUGCACGGGCCUACAAGUCGAUCAUGGAGGACUACGUCAACAAGGGUUACGCACGACGCCUGGAGCAGCAGGAAGUGGCAGCCGAUAACCGGGACAAGAUCUGGUACCUGCCGCACUUCGGGGUCGAGAACCCAAACAAGCCCGGAAAGAUCCGUCUAGUCUUCGAUGCCGCAGCCAAAGUGGGCAAUACAUCUUUGAACUCAGUUCUACUCAAAGGCCCACAACAGUUCAAGUCCCUGCCAGCCGUGCUCUUCCAUUUCCGGGAAGGAGCAGUCGGGGUCUGCGCAGACAUAAAGGAGAUGUUUCAUCAGGUGCUGAUACAGCCCCAGGAUAGAUGCGCCCAGAGAUUCCUGUGGAGGAAUGGAGAUGACCGGCGAGAUCCAGAUCUGUUCGAAAUGGUUGUGAUGACGUUCGGAGCCGCUUGUUCGCCGUGCUCAGCGCAUCAUGUGAAGACCAUAAACGCUUCAAGAUACGCCCAAGCAGAUCCUCGCGCGGUUCAGGCCAUCAAUGAGUAUCACUAUGUAGAUGACUACGUGGAUAGUUUCUCGGACGAGAAAGAAGCUAUCGCUGUAUCAGAACGAGUAAGGAAAAUUCAUGCUGAGGCCGGUUUCGAUUUGUGCCGCUUCUCAUCAAGUUCGGAAAGUGUGGUCAAGGCUUUGAACCCACUAGGAUCCAAUAAGAACGUUGAAUGGAAUGAAGCGGAGGAGAAAAUAUUAGGCAUGUACUGGCACCCAGCGACGGAUGACUUUAAAUUCAGCGUAAAGUACCACAGGGUUCCCAGCAGCGUGAUGACCGGAGAACGUGCACCCACCAAGAGAGAAUUCCUAAGUCUGGUUAUGUCAACAUUUGACCCGAUAGGAUUCUUGAGCUGCUUCAUGGUAACCGCCAAACUAUUGAUGCGUGAGAUUUGGCGGAGAGGAGUUCAGUGGGACGAGCCGUUGCCGGAUGAGUUAGCCAAAGCGUUUGAGAGCUGGAGGCUGGAAAUGGAUUACGUGAGAGAUUUCCGCUGUCCACGCUACUACUUUGGCACGGGAUGCGUACGUGAACUGCAGCUACAUGUGUUUGUGGACUCCAGCCAAUCGGCGUUCGCAGCAGUUGCAUUCUGGAGGGCGACUUAUGACAACGAUGAUGUGCGGUCCUAUUUCGUGUGUUCCAAAACGAAAUGCGCCCCGAUGAAGACGAUGACGAUCCCGCGCCUGGAGCUCCAAGCAGCUGUAUUAGGAACCAGGCUGAUGGACACCGUAAGACGAGAGCACGACGUAUCGAUCAGCAGAUGCGUGCUAUGGACUGACUCUAAGACCGUGCUGCACUGGAUAAGCAGCACCCACCGGCGGUAUAAGCAGUUCGUUGGAAACCGGGUGGCGGAGAUCUUAGAGUCAACGGAGGUGUCUCAAUGGAGGUGGAUACCGUCUGCCGAAAACGUGGCAGAUGACGCGACGAGGCCACAGCGCCAUGUGGACCUCAGCCAAGGGGCAAGGUGGAUGAGCGGGCCAUCAUUUCUGCGGGAGUCGGAAGAACAGUGGCCCAAGCCAUCUCCAAGUGAUCGCGACAGUCCACACUCCGCAGAAGAAGAGAUGCCGUGUGAGUUUACACUGGUAAUUGCCAACGAGUUUAUAUUUUUGCAGAGAUUUUCGAAUUAUAAUCGAUUGGUCAGGACCACAGCGUGGAUCCUCAGGUUCAUACGACGGUGCCGUGGAUUGAGUGACGAGAGUGAGGCCUACGGUAUUACAGCUACUGAGUGCGCGGAGGCAGAACGGAAACUGAUCCAGCGCGCCCAGGCUGAUACGUUCGCAGAUGAAGUUCAAGGAAAGGCAGUGGCGAAAGGCAGUCAGUUACGAGGACUAUCCCCUUACGUCGACCACGAUGGAAUCAUACGAGCGCGUGGACGGAUUGAUGCCGCCGAAUGCGUCCCAUUCAACGCACGGCGCCCGAUCAUACUGUCGCACAAACACGCACUGGCAGAGAUGAUAGUUCGUCACUACCACAGGAAGAUGAAGCACCAGAAUCUAGACGCGACCAUAAGCGAGAUCCGGACCAGGUUCUGGAUAACCAAUUUAAGGAGAGUUUUACGGAGUGUUAUGGCAACCUGUAACUUAUGCAAACUCGGAGAGUACGACCAAUUCCGCCAUUGA